AUGCAUUCCGCCAUCCGCCACCGCUCCUCCCACCUCCUCUUCGCCACUCCUUGCCGCGCCGCCUCCUCCUUCCUCAAACGCGACGGCUCCCAGGGCCCCAUCGACAGCGCGCGCGCCUUCCUCGAGUUCAAGCGCGAAGCCGACCCUUACCGCGACGCGGCCGAGCGCGUGCACGACUGGAACGAGAUCAACAGCAGCCGUCGCCCGCACAACGAGCGCAAGAUCCAAGCCGCGCGUUGCAUGGACUGCGGCACGCCUUUCUGCCAGACGAACACGGGCUGCCCCGUCCACAACCUCAUCCCCGAGUGGAACGAGCUCGUGUUCCGCGACGAGUGGCAGGAAGCCAGCGACCGCCUGCACAAGACCAACAACUUCCCCGAGUUCACGGGCCGCGUGUGCCCCGCGCCCUGUGAAGCCGCGUGCGUCGCUGGCCUCGUGGACGAGCCCAUCACGAUCAAGAACACGGAGUACGCGAUCGUCGACCGCGCCUUUGAAGAGGGAUGGAUCGUGCCCCGUCUGCCCCGACGCAACGGACUGCGCGUGGCUAUCGUGGGCUCGGGGCCCGCAGGACUCGCAGCUGCCGAUCAGAUGAACCAGAAGGGGUACCACGUGACGGUGUACGAGCGGGAAGACCGGAUUGGUGGCUUGCUUAUGUAUGGGAUUCCCAACAUGAAGCUCGAGAAGAAGACGGUCGAGCGCCGCGUGCAGUUGCUGCGGGACGAGGGCAUUGACUUUGUCACGAACGCCGACGUUGGAAGCAAGACGCUGUCGGUGCAGCAGCUGCAGACGGAGAACGACGCGGUUGUUUUGGCGUUGGGCUCGACGGUGCCUCGAGACGUGGCAAUUCCGGGUCGGGACCUAAAGGGCGUGUACUUUGCUAUGGAGUUUCUGACGAAGAACCAGAAACGCUUGAUGCUCACGGUGGACGGGAAGCUCCAGAGUGGCUGGGAUCGCGAGUUUGUCACGGCGGAAGGCAAAGACGUGGUUGUGAUUGGUGGAGGAGAUACAGGCACAGACUGCAUUGCCACGUCCAUGCGACAGCGGUGCAAGUCGGUGGUGAACUUGGAGCAUAACCCGGAACCGCCGGCUCAACGGGCGCCGGAGAACCCGUGGCCCGAGUACCCGCGUGUUUAUGGCGUUGAUUAUGGUCACGCGGAGGUACGAUCGGUCUUUGGAGAAGAUCCGCGGAAAUAUGCGCGUGUCACGAAGGCGUUUAAGGGCAAUGAGAAGGGCGAGAUUACGCACGUGGUGGCUGUGCGUGGUCACAAGGACUCGAAGAUGAAUGUGAUCACGGAGAUUCCGGGCACGGAAGAGGAGAUUCCGUGCGACCUUGUGCUGUUUGCCAUGGGGUUCGUCCACCCGGAGCAGAAGAUCGCGGAGGCUCUUGGGUUGGAGGUCGAUCAGCGCCGCAACAUUCGAGCCGCUUAUGGAGACUACCAGACGUCGGUCGAGGGCGUGUUUGCAGCCGGUGACUGUCGGCGCGGCCAAUCUCUAGUUGUGUGGGCGAUCAACGAGGGUCGUGGUGUGGCGGAUGCAGUUGAGAAGUACUUUUUGCAGGAAGGUCUUCACCCUGAAGUGUCCCAGAGCCAGCGCUUUGGAUGA